CUGGGAAUCGUCGUUGGCCUCAUAUCGACAUGCGUCCAGUCCGUCGGUCUUACCUUGCAGCGCAAGUCACACAUGCUCGAGGAUGAAAAGGACCAACACCUCCCCCGCCGCGCCCCAUACCGCCGCCGACGAUGGCAACUCGGCAUGUUGCUCUUCCUCCUCAGCAACAUCGUCGGCUCCUCGAUCCAGAUCACAACUCUACCUCUACCUUUGCUCAGUACCCUACAAGCCUCGGGUCUGGUCUUCAAUGCCCUCAUGGCUACACUACUCCUCCACGAACCCUUCACCCGUCGUACCGCUCUAGGCACCCUUCUUGUCGCUGCUGGCGCUGUUCUGAUUUCCCGCUUCUCCGCUCUCCCCGAACCAUCCCAUUCGCUCGAUCAACUAUUGAAGCUGCUGGUCUUUCCUAACUUUGUUGUCUGGAUGACCCUGACGCUGGUUCUGGUCCUUGCCAUCUUGCUUGCCGAUUCUACUACCUCUUUCUUCAUGACCGCCCAACAAAUACAGAGACCACGCUUCAGGUUGUUGCGUGGUAUGGCAUAUGGCCUUGUGUCCGGCGUUUUGUCUGCCCAUGCUUUACUUCUGGCCAAAAGCGCUGUAGAGCUACUCGUGCGUACUAUCGUCGAUCACAAAAACCAGUUCGAUCGAUAUCAGUCUUGGCUUCUGUUGCUGCUCUUUCUUCUCUUCGCUCUUACCCAGCUCUACUACCUCCACCUUGGUUUAAAGCUGGUCAGCACAAGUAUUCUGUAUCCUUUCGUCUUUUGCGUCUACAACAUCAUCGCAAUCCUCGACGGUCUCAUUUACUUCCGCCAAGCUGACCAACUAUCGCCACUGUAUGCUGGUCUCAUAGCUCUGGGGACGGUUGUUUUGUUGGCAGGUGUGCUGGCACUCAGCUGGCGGCUUAGCGAAGAAGAUGCGGCCGCAGUACCCGCAGGAGGCGAGAUUCCUCACUCUGCUUUGGCACCUGGCAUGGGUUUCGUUGAUGAACAUGAACACGAAGACGAUGGCCGACGCUCUUCAGAGACGGCACCCUUGAUGCGAAGGCACACGUUACGGGACUCUGCCUUGCUGAUUGGCCAGCAACGCAGACGAGGUAGCAACGCUCGUGAAGUAGAAGAUAUCUGGGAUGAGUUGGGCGAUGAGGAACGUUAUUACGGCACUGUGCCUCGCCGUGAAUCUUUAGGCUCAAAUCCAGAGGCGGCUCCGUUACUCGACAAUCGACGACGGCCGCCGCCUCCCAAAAUGUCGAGGUCUAUAACCGACCCUCCGAACCACGCGCAUUUCAGAAGUCGCUCCGAGCCGCUCAAACUCGAUGUAGCGGCGUAUAGACACGAAAGCAUAUCCAAGCAGCUUGUGGAUUGGUGGCGUACGCGCUGGAGAGGGCAGGAGCGAGACGAAGAUAAUCAUGUCGACAGUCGGCAUGCUUCAUAG